AUGUCGCAAAGUCAUGCCCUCUCAGAUGAUCAGGUCGCGGGCGAGCUCCGCAAGAUGACCGCCUUCAUCCGACAAGAAGCCAUGGAGAAGGCCCGCGAGAUCCAACUCAAGGCCGACGAGGAAUUUGCCAUUGAAAAGUCCAAGCUUGUGCGCCAGGAGACCGCCUCUAUCGAUACCCUCUACGAGAAGAAGUUUAAGCAGGCCGCCAUGUCCCAGCAGAUCACCCGCUCGACUCUGGCCAACCGGACCCGUCUCCGCGUGCUCGGUGGUCGUCAGGAGCUCCUGGAUGAUCUCUUCCAGAAGGCCAGGGAUCAGGUCGCCAAGGUUGCCUCCAGUGACAAGAAGAAGUAUGAGGGUAUGCUGCAGGGUCUCGUCGUCGAGGGCCUGUACUUCCUGAAUGAGGAUAAGGCGGACAUCCGCGCUCGCAAGAAGGAUAUUGAUGUUGCUAAGAAGGCUAUUGUGGGUGCUGCGAAGGAAUUUGAAAAGAACACUGGCAGAGAGAUCUCCCUCUCUGUUGAUGAGUCCGAGCCCUUGCCGGAGGGAUCUGCUGGCGGUGUCGUGAUCGUUGGUGGGCAGGGAAAGAUCGAGAUUAACAACACUUUCGAGGAGCGCCUGCGACUGUUGGAGAUCGAUGCUCUCCCCGUCGUCCGUGAGACGCUUUUCGGGAAGAACGAGAACCGCCGUUUCUACGACUAA